GCCGAAUUCGCUAAACGGUGGGAGCCACAUAUCAUCACCGUCGGUCGGCCGUGGCCCCAGUCGUGUCUUGUACGCCAUGGCGAGCAGCCCCGCCGACUCCUUCUCGGCUGGGUCCAAGAAGCGAAAGAGGGUAUCGAGGGCGUGCGACGCCUGUUUUGCGAAGAAAGAUCGAUGCGAUGGACAUCACCCCGUCUGCGCCGUCUGCGCCAACCUAGGCCGCAGAUGUACCUACGACCGGCCUGAACGGAAGCGUGGACCGUCGCAGGGCGUCAGGCAGCGGCUCGAGGCCCAGGUUGAGAGUCUCGAGAGCAUCCUCGGCUUCCUCGUCUCGACGUUUCCUCAAAUCUCACACGACGCUGUCGAGCAGCUGCGGCUGGAUGACAACCAUGUCGCUAGCAGCAGUACCAGCGGCGAAUGGGCCACCGCGGAUGGACCGUUCAUGCAGCACACAAAGGCGCAGGCCAGAGACAUUUGGAGGAAUUGCGACCUGGCCAAGAGCAUCGCACCUAGCCUCGGCCUGAAGCUUCAGCACCUCCAAUUCAAAGAUGAGGAGGAAGACGAAGAAGUACUGGCAGCAUUCAGCAUUGACGAGGCGCGGAGAGCACGUCAACGUCUGGCCACUCGGCUGCCGUGGACUGUUCCACAAUCGAGGACGGGACCCUUCCCACCGCACAUUGAAGACGAUCUUGACCACCACCUGGACCAUUACUUCAACUCACUACACAUGCUUUAUCCUUUCAUCGACAAACCCGGCCUUCUUCGGUGGAGCAGCAGCGGCAGCCGCGCCUCUGCCACCUACUCGCGCUUAGCCUUGGUCCUGGCUAUCUGUGCAUCGAGUCUGGUCGAGAGCGAUGUAAUCACGUCCGACGACUGCCACGGGCGAGCACGAGAGCUGUUGAUGAAGAACCAGGAAGGUGAAGCCGAUAUAGAAGCCGUCCAGUCAUGGCUUCUCCUCGGAAUGAUCGAUGUACUCCGAGGGCGCGGUGCGACAAGUCGUCUCCAGCUCUCCAUGGCUGUCCAGCUGGCUCGGGAUGUCGGCAUGGGCACCGACUCGGAAGCAGCCAAGUUGACCUGGUGGUCGCUCUUUUGCUUCGACGUCUUUCUCUCCCUGUCGAUGGGCAAAGCACCCGUCGUUCGACGCGCUGACUUCACCGUCGCUCUCCCAAUCGCUGAUCAUCACUCUGACGAGUGGUCUCUCUGCGUCGCCCGAUCUCCCUCGGGUGUCGCAAAGACGGUUAAGGCUCACGCCGUUUCGACUUUCUGCGCCCAGGCUCAGCUGUCCGACAUCAUGUACGACGUCGCCCUCUCCAAGGCCUCAUCGAAUCCAUCGCCUGCACCUUACGUGGUGCAGCGAUUGCAUGCAUGGCGGGAUGCGCUGCCACCACAGGUUGUCACGGCCCUCCUCAUCACGUCGCAGGACCAGCAGCAGCCCCAACCAUUUCACAUUUACCACCUCGCCCUGCUUUACCAUGCCUCGUCUGCCAUCCUACAUCCUUCCCCCAAAGGCGUCUAUGCCAUGCUCGAUUCGCCGGAAUCAUCCCUGGCAAGGCUUCUCCAUCGGUCUCAACAGAUGUUUGCCAAGAUCUCGCCCUUUGAUCGGCUCUUCACCUCUCUGAGCAACGAAAGCCAUGUACGCGGCGGCUUCUCCGAAUUGCAGCCGCAUGGGCAACAUCGUCAAUUGGGCCCGCCCCAGGCGCUGCCGCAGGUCCAGGCACCAUCGACUUCCCACCCUGAAACCCCUCACGAUGUGGCUUCAACGAUGGCAGAUACGUUUGGUCCGGCCCAUGCCCUCGCCUAUGCCUUAGGACUCCCCUCCGCCUCGCACCCUCACUCUUCGUCGUCGAUGGGUCAGCAACACCAUCCUCAUCUGUCAUCUGGAUUCUCAUCUUCGUCUCCUCUCGCGGGCGACACGCCGUGGAGCCGCUCACAUGAUACCAACGCCUCCCAAGGUGCCUGGUCCGACUUCUUGCCCGAGAUGUUUGAUCUUGGGGGAGGGCUUCGACCCACUUUGCCACACGGGCAAGGUGGCAGCAGCAACAGCAAUAACAACAAUGGCGGACCUCUGGGCCAUCCCAACUCCAUCCUCUUCCAGCUUGGAAUGCAGGCCGAUGCCGACGACUUCCACGGCUCUAUUGCGCCUCCUUCCCAUCAUCCCCAUCAUCAGCACCACAUCUCUUCGCAUUCGUUGACGACGUCGAAUCACAUGCCAGAGGCGAGCCCCUCCAACUCUGCAUUGCAGCAGCAACAACAACAGCAGCAGCAGCAGCAGCAAUCUUCGCAGGUCGGGGCCGAAGAAGAUGCGUGGCAUCCGCCUCCUAUCCAGGGCGUGUCUGUCUGAGCUACGUGCUCCUUCUCCAUUAUUGAGUCUACCCGCCUCACCUUCACCUUCUUCAUCAUCAUCUGAGGACAUUUGCGACAUGUAUUUCUAGAGGCGCCAUCCGUCUGGCGUCGACCAACCAACCAACCGACCCCUCCCCCUUGUAAUUACUCAUCCGUCUUCCAACCACUCCUUUUCGAGUUUGGUGCAGCCUAGGAGCUGUUUACAAGACACAAGAGCAUGAAGUGGUGACAUUUGUUGAUCCUUGUAAUCAUUAAUGUACAGGCCUCAAGGC